UAUUAUUUUUUUCGACUACACCGUGGGCGACAGCAUGGCGGGUGACGAAAGUGGUGGGGCUGGGCCGACAAGACGCAGGCUAGGCAGUAGCAGUGCAGGCAAGGGGAAAGAGCAAGUGCAGCAUGUUCCCGACAAACCUUCGUCAAGCAAGUCAACGCAGUCAACAACAACGGCCAUGAACAAGGAGGCGACACCCGCCACUGAUCCUAGUCUCUUUCAAGCUAAGGACGAGGACGAGCAUAAGAAGUUGCUGAAGAAGAAUGCAGUCUGGAAGUUGGUCGAACAGGGACAGGUGGCAUGCCCAGCAGGACGCGGGGAGUACUGGCUGAGGUGUCGCGUUUGUUCCAAGGUCUUCAGGGGGUCGUCGACGAAGGCGAUUGACCAUUUCUUGAAAGUGCAGAAACCGUGUCCUUUUCGGAUGGGGGAGAUUGUGGAUGAGUUUGUUACUCAGGGAGACAAGGUUAACCCCAAAGACAAGAACACCCGGUACUUGCUGCAGAACUUCAGAGGACUCUCCAGGGACAUAGAGGGGGGCGAGGAGGCUGCGGAGAAUGCAUCAGAUGCUGAAGAUCCGUCGUCUUGGCCGGUGCCUCCGCCUGUCCGAGGGCGGUCUGUUCCACAAGUUGCUGCACCGAUCGCAACAACAGAUGACAAAGCUGCAGCGAGGGGCGAUGAUGGCACCGGUGGAGGGGAGGCCUGUGCCAAAGUUGUGGUGGUGAAGACGGCUGGAAUUGCUUUCAACUUGAAGUUCCUGAACUUCGACACCACGCAGGCUCUUCAUGACGCUUACUGGAAGGUUGCCAAUGCAAAGUCGAAGGUGAAGUUGCCUACCUACAAACAUAUGCGGACUGUCAUGUUGGACUACAUCUUCCUGAAGGUGCAGAAGUCGAUCAACCCCUUGACUGCUUGCUGGGACAAAACCGGCUGCACAUUCAUCACAGACGGAUCGACAGAUCGCAAGAACCGGCCUGUCAUGAAUUUCCUAGCAGCGGGGGAGAAAGGAGCAGUUUUGGUGACCACGGUUUACAUGACCAGGAGGAAGAAAAACGCAGCAGCAUUGACGAAGUUGUGGGAGCAGGUGAUCCGGGAGAUCGGGCUGAAAUGGGUCAACGCGAUCUACACAGACAACGCUGAGGUCAACAAGAAGGCGGCGCAAAUCUUGGAGAGGCGGACAGACAGAGACAUUGCAAGGAUACCGUGGGUGCCUUGUGGAGCGCAUUGCUGCACUCUGUUGUUGAAGGACCUAAGCAGUUUGCCUUGGGUGAAGGACACGGUGAAGACGGCGAACACGAUCGUGAAGUUCAUCAGGAACCAUCAUGCCACACACGAGGUCCGGUUUGGGUCGGUGUACCAGAUGCUGGACAGGCUGGAGGACAGGGUGGAAGUGUUGAAUGAGAUGGUGGACGGAGGUUCUGCAACAAAGUGGAGGGCAUUGAGAUGGUCGGGAGAGAAGCUGCAAAAAAAAAACGACCUUGUCUACUACAAUGUGAGGUCAGAGAAUUGGUGGGCCAAAGUCAGGAAAAUUGUGGCAAUUAUGGAGCCGGUGUACAGCCUCCUGAAAAGGAUGGACAGGGAAGGAGUUUCUCCCACCAACCUCGUGGAGUUCGACGAUCUCAUUGCAAGGAAGUUGGCAAACGUCGUACUCACGAAGAAGGAGAGGGAGGAUGUAAUCGGCAAGGUCAAGGACCGCAUGCAGAUGAUGCGUCAGCCCAUUCAUGCAGCUGCGUUUUUGUUGGAUCCACGGAGGAGAGAUGCAGGCUGGCUCAACAAACCGAACAGCGCCCUCGUGCAGAACGCACUGCAAGAGCGCGACGUACGCCUGCGGACUGGUGGACCUUGCACGGUGGGGAUGUUCCAGCAAGCAACGCGACGUACGCCUGCGGACUGGUGGACCUUGCACGGUGGGGAUGUUCCAGCUUUGCAGCAGAUCGCCAUCAACGUGUUGGGAAUGUGGAGCACGGCGACACCCGCGGAGCGGAACUGGGCGUCGAGGGACUUUGUCCAUUCGAAGUGCAAAAACAGCCUCUCGUCGGAGUCCUUGGAGAAGCUGGUUUACAUUCACUGGAACAUGCAGUUGCUGCGUGUUCAAAAUAGCAAGGACAAUGGCUACGUUGAUGUUUGGGGAUCCUUCUUCAAGCCGUUGAUGGAGCCGGCAGCGGAAGAUGGAGCAAUCGAGGAGCCCACGGAGGAAGAGACAGCGGACAAUAUCGAGGAGGAAAAGAGGGAGAUGAUAUGAAGGAGGAUGUGGACAAAACUCAGCAGCAAGGGGGAGAGGAAGUGCAGGAACCAGCACCACCCACAGUUUACACACGAAGACCCCGCCCAUCGG